GUCUAUACUUAAUAAAUAAUUAUAUUUCUGUAAAUAGAGUACUCCGGUGACGAGGAAAUCAAGGUAUACUCCUCAGAAAAGGCUGUUUGAAACUGUUCCUAGAAGAUCGCCCCGACGUGUAAAAAUAGAGACUUCACCACACAUGUCUGACGAGGAGGAUAUUGAUGAAGAUGAAGAGCAGCCUCUGCCAGCGGUUAAAAGUUUCCAUAGAGAGGAGGGAAAAAGUGAUAGAAAAUCCCUUUCAAAGUUUAAAAGUUCAGAUGAGAAAAUGAAUGAAGAUGAAGAGCAGCCUCUCCCUGGGGUUCAAAGUUUCCAAAAAGAGGAUGACAAAAAUGAUAGAAAACCUCUAUCAAAGUUACAAAGUUUCAAGGAGGAUGUGGAUCAAUAUGAAGAGCAACCUCUGUUAGGGGUUCAAAGUUUUCAAAGAGAGGAGAGAAAAAAUGCAAAGUUUCAAAGUUCGAAGGAGGAUAUGAGUGAAGAUGAAGAGCAGCCUCUGCAAAUGAAGAAGAUGAACACAACAACAAAGCCUUCAUAUGAAGUCAUUGAGGAUAAUCCCGAAGAGCUAGAGAGGUGUGGUGUGGUGUAUGUCAAAGAGAAGAGGGCAAAAAUGAAAGCAAAACCCCCACUAAAUAUGCAAAGAAGGACAAGGUUGGUUGCUGAAAAGAAAAGAAGUCAGAGUGCUAACUUGCAAAUGUUUUCCAUUUUAGUUGAGAACUGUCUAGGUGAUGAGUGCACAAUCAGCCAUGGUGCUGAAAUAUUUGGGUUCGAAACUAAAUCUGUGUUUAACAAGGAUGGUUGCCGGUUGGUCAUCAACUUUGAGGAGGUUACAAACUCUAUAAUUGAGAUUUGGGCGAGGUACUUGCAUGAGAAAAUGGUAAAUGAAGGUGGAGAGAUCCUAGUUCAGUUUGGUACUUCUGCAGCUGUACGCAUACCGAAGAAGCCAUCAGUGCAAUCCGUUACAAAGAGGUCCCAGUAUAUAGCUGAUCUUUUAGGCAUUGCAUUGCUUGGACAGAUCACAUUAAUCCCCUACAAUACUGGCGCUCAUUGGGUGUUGGCCGCAAUUGACAUGGCAAUGCAAACGGUGUAUUACCUGGAUUCUAUAGAAGGAUCUCCAUCCGAAGAUUUGGAAGGAAUAGUGAAUCAAGGAGUGAGGAUUCAUCAUGCCUCAACUUCUAAGAAUAGGAUGAAUCUGAAAUGGGUGCGAGUCAUGUGCCCUAAGCAAGCAGGAGCAAUGGAAUGCGGUUAUUUUGUUAUGAAAUAUAUGAAAGACAUUGCAUCCGAUGUCAAACUCUUGAAGCAAAAUUUCUCUAAAAUUAAGGAGUACACUGAAGGUGAUAUUUUGGGAAUACGUGAGGAGUGUGCUACAUAUGCAGCUACUUUGAUAACAAUGAUGAUGAAGGCUCCUGCCAUGAAGACUUGAUGAUGUGAAGCUGAGCGAUGUGUACUUACGAAUUGUUAUUGAAUUGGUGUUUCCAAUUAACUUCACGUACUAUAUGUAUAUAUGACGUGUAGGCAGCUCACUUUUUUGGACUAAACUAUGUAGUUGCUUAGAAUUCUAUUAACCAAUGAUGGCUAGCUAAGUGGUAAAGUGAUCAUUUUGGUGUUGGAUCUUGCUGGGUUUUUUUGACAUGUUUUGUCCAGC